GGCGGCAGCGGGAGGAGGCGGCGGCGCGCGCCUGGAUCCCGGUCGCGAGGAGGCGGAGGAGGAUGUGGCGCGCGGAGGGGAAAUGGCUGCCGAAAACAAGCCGGAAGACGAUCAUGGGAACAGCAAUGGCAGUCAUGUAAAAAUCUUUUUACCGAAGAAGCUGCUUGAAUGUCUACCAAAAUGUUCAAGUUUACCAAAAGAGAGGCACCGCUGGAACACUAAUGAGGAAAUUGCAGCUUAUUUAAUAACAUUUGAAAAGCAUGAAGAAUGGCUAACGACUUCCCCUAAAACAAGACCACAGAAUGGUUCUAUGAUACUGUACAACAGGAAGAAGGUGAAAUACAGGAAAGAUGGAUAUUGCUGGAAAAAGAGGAAAGAUGGGAAAACCACCAGAGAGGAUCACAUGAAACUGAAGGUCCAGGGAGUGGAGUGUCUAUACGGCUGUUAUGUCCAUUCGUCCAUCAUUCCCACUUUCCACAGAAGGUGCUACUGGCUUCUUCAGAACCCUGACAUUGUAUUGGUCCACUACCUGAAUGUACCUGCCAUAGAGGACUGUGGAAAACCAUGUGGCCCCAUCCUGUGCUCAAUAAACACAGACAAGAAGGAGUGGGCGAAAUGGACGAAAGAGGAACUCAUUGGACAGCUCAAACCGAUGUUUCAUGGCAUUAAGUGGACAUGCAGCAAUGGGAACAGCAGUUCAGGGUUCUCUGUGGAGCAGCUUGUACAACAGAUCCUUGAUAGUCAUCAGACCAAACCACAGCCUCGGACGCACAAUUGUCUCUGCACCGGCAACUUGGGAGCAGGUAGCAGUGUGCAUCACAAGUGUAACAGUGCCAAACAUCGCAUCAUUUCACCAAAGGUCGAACCAAGGACAGGUGGGUACAGCACUCACUCAGAGGUACAAAAUAAUGAUGUCUCUGAAGGCAAGAAUGAGCACAGUCAUGGAAAGACCUCCAGCCGGGAGAAGAGGAAUGGCAAAGUGGCAAAACCUGUGUUGCUCCAUCAAAACAGUACUGAGGUCUCUUCCACCAAUCAGGUGGAAGUUCCUGACACUACCCAGAAUUCUCCUGUGUCCAUCAGCAGUGGAUUAAAUAGUGACCCUGAUAUGGCUGAUAGCCCAGUAGUCACUGGUGUCUCCAGCAUGGCUGUUGCCUCGGUGAUGGGAAGUUUAUCGCAAAGUGCCACAGUAUUUAUGUCAGAAGUCACCAGUGAAGCCGUGUAUACCAUGUCACCCACCACUGGCCCAAAUCAACACCUCCUAUCCUCAGAUGCUGCUGCACAAGGACUGGUACUAGCUGUGAGCUCAGAUGGCCACAAGUUUGCUUUUCCUACACCAGGCAGUUCAGAGAGCUUGUCUAUGUUGACCACCAAUGUCUCUGACGAGCUUGUGCUCUCUACAACUCUGGAUGGUAGCAGAAAAAUUCCAGAAACCACCAUGAAUUUUGACCCAGACUGUUUUCUUAAUAAUCCCAAGCAGGGACAGACUUAUGGUGGAGGAGGCCUAAAAGGAGACAGCAUUAGUACCAACAUAAGACAGUCACCCACGACAGAACGUGGGUUCAAUUUCAGUGCAGCCCUAACUAAAGAGAUUAAAACUGAGGACACUUCUUUUGAACAACAGAUGUCCAAAGAAGCGUUUUCCUCCACUUCUGCAUCUAAUUCUCUCAGCCUUACUACAGGGUCAGGUCUGCUUCCAUCUGGAGGCGGGCUGAGCCCAAGUACCACCUUGGAGCAAAUGGACUUCAGUGCCAUUGACUCCAACAAGGACUAUUCUUCCAGUUUCAACCAGACAGUCCAGAGUCCUCAUGUUCACCAGACCCCUUCCCCUAGCUUCUUUCUGCAGGAUGCCAGCAAACCUCUCCCUCUUGAACAAAACACCCAUAACAACUUGAAUGACACAAGUGGCUCUUUUGUGAACACUUUAGGAAUCCCCAAUGUGAAAACAGAAUCCUCCCAAACAACCUCUAAUUGCAAUGGCACAGUGGAAACUAGAAUAGAGUCCACCUCUUCUCUCCAGCUCAUGCAGUUCCAAGCAAACUUCCAGGCUAUGACUGCAGAAGCUGAAGUUCCCAUGGAGACCUCCCAGCAGGCAGAAGGGAAUGAAAAUCUUCUUAAAUCAGGGGAUCUUCAAGCCUGUAACUCAGAGCACUACAUGCAGCCCGAGGCCAAUGGUGGUAUCAGGAAUGGGAAUAAUCUCCCUAUUCUCCAAGGAAAUAUGGUACAAGGACUCUACCCAGUGGCCCAUCCCAGCUUAAACAACUCCUCCAACAUGGAGCUUAAUUUGGACCAUUUUGACAUCUCCUUCAGCAACCAGUUUUCAGAUCUUAUUAAUGAUUUCAUAUCAGUAGAAGGUGGGAGUAAUGCCAUCUAUGGGCACCAGCUGGUGUCCAGUGACAGUGCUGGGCUAUCUCAGCCUGAAGAUGGCAACAGAGCAACCUACAACCAGGCUGAAAUGUGCAUUCCUUGCUGCAGCCCUCAGCAAGCUAGCAUGCAGCUCAGCAGUGCCGAGAAUGGAACCAGUACCAUGGCAUACAUGCAUGUUGCUGAGGUGGUCUCAGCAGCCGCAGCACAAGGCACCUUGGGGAUGUUGCAGCAGAGCGGGCGCUUAUUCAUGGUGACAGAUUACUCACCAGAGUGGUCUUACCCUGAGGGAGGAGUGAAAGUCCUAAUCACAGGCCCCUGGCAGGAAGCCAGCAAUAACUACAGCUGUCUGUUUGAUCAGAUCUCAGUGCCUGCGUCUUUAAUUCAGCCAGGGGUGCUACGCUGUUACUGCCCAGCUCAUGAUACCGGGCUUGUGACUCUGCAAGUUGCCUUCAACAAUCAGAUCAUCUCCAACUCUGUGGUGUUUGAAUAUAAAGCUAGAGCUCUACCAACCCUGCCUUCCUCCCAGCAUGACUGGCUGUCCUUGGAUGAUAAUCAGUUCAGGAUGUCAAUCCUGGAACGACUUGAGCAGAUGGAAAGGAGAAUGGCCGAGAUGACGGGAUCCCAGCAGCACAAGCAAGGAGUAGGAGGCGGGGGCAACGGGAGCGGGAAUGGAGGAACCCAGACGCAAUGUGUGUCUGGGGCCGGGACGUUGGGCAGCUGCUUUGAGAGCCGUGUAGUGGUGGUGUGUGAGAAGAUGAUGAGUCGUGCCUGUUGGACAAAGUCCAAACACCUGAUCCAUUCCAAGACUUUCCGAGGAAUGACCUUGCUACAUCUUGCUGCUGCUCAGGGCUAUGCAACACUGAUCCAGACCCUCAUCAAAUGGCGCACCAAGCAUGCAGACAGCAUUGAUUUGGAACUGGAAGUUGACCCUUUGAACGUGGAUCACUUCUCCUGCACUCCACUGAUGUGGGCGUGUGCACUGGGCCACAUGGAUGCAGCCAUUGUGCUGUAUAAGUGGGAUCGCAGGGCCAUCUCUAUUCCUGAUUCUCUUGGGAGACUGCCACUGGCUAUUGCUCGGUCUCGGGGUCACGUGAAGUUGGCAGAGUGUCUGGAGCAGCUACAGCGAGAUGAGCAAGUUCAGCUUGGGCAAAAUCCCAGAAUUCACUGCCCUUCGAGUGGGGAGUCCAGCACUGAGAGCUGGGUUGCCCAGUGGCAAAGUGAAAUGAUUACUUCUCAAGAACCUCAGAAGGGUGUCACUGUUAUGUCCAGUUCAAAUACAGAGUUAAGACGACCAAGGUCUGAGCCCUCCAACUACUACAGCAGUGAGAGUCAGAAAGAUUACCCAGCACCCAAAAAACAUAAACUGAACCCUGAGUAUUUCCAGGCACGGCAAGAGAAGCUGCUUUCCACAGCACUGAGCCUGGAACAGCCAAGUGUCAGGAAGCAGAGUUCCAGCUCCAAGCAAUCCAUCUCUGAGACAAUCAGCCCCAGUGAAGGGAUAAGGGACUAUGGCAGGGAGCUCUCCCAGCACAUCCCAGAAGUUGCUGGGUAUCGGGGCUCUGGUGGCCAGGCAGGAGUCAAGUGGAACCCAAAAGACGUUUAUAUUGGUGUGUCUGCGGUGCAGGUGACAGGAAGCCAGAAGGGGCUUGCGUUGGGGAAGGACAUCGUAGCCCACCGGCUGCGUCAACGAGAGCAGAUGAAUGUGCUGAUGAUGGCUGACAGGGAGAUCGUGGAUGGGGAGCUGCUUUCCUUCAGGGACAGUGUGGAGAAUGAGGACUGCUUACAGCACAUGGAUGACCUGCAGGUGAACAUGAUGACACUUGCAGAGCACAUCAUUGAAGCAACGCCUGACAGGAUCAAGCGGGAGAAUUUUGUGCCAAUGGAGUCACCGCUGGUGGAGAGGACAGAGAGUGCUGCCAUUAGCACCACGAUGAGCUGGCUGGCCAGUUAUCUUGCUGAUGUGAAUCAUAUACCAAGUGCUGCACAGAUAAGAAGUCUAUACGGUGAACCCCUGACCCCUUCCUCAAACACCAGCUUGAGCCCAGUAGGCUCACCAGUCAGUGAAAUACCUUUUGAGAAACCCAGCCUUCCUUCAGCCGCAGAUUGGUCAGAAUUUCUGAGUGCAUCCACCAGCGAAAGGGUAGAAAAUGAGUUUGCACAGUUAACUCUGUCUGAUCAUGAGCAAAGAGAACUCUAUGAAGCAGCCAAACUUGUCCAGACAGUGUUCAGGAAAUACAAAGGCCGUCCUCUCCGAGAACAGCAGGAAGUGGCGGCUGCUGUCAUUCAGCGUUGUUACAGAAAAUACAAACAGCUUACUUGGAUAGCCUUGAAGUAUGCACUUUAUAAAAAGAUGACACAAGCUGCCAUCCUCAUCCAGAGCAAAUUCCGAAGCUAUUAUGAGCAGAAAAAAUUCCAGCAGAGCCGCCGAGCCGCCGUGCUCAUCCAGCAGUACUAUCGCAGCUACAAAGAAUGUGGGAAGAGGAGACGACAAAGUCGAGCAGCUGCCAUUGUACAACAGAAACUUAGAAGCAGUCUGCUCACCAAGAAGCAGGAUCAGGCUGCUCGCAAGAUCAUGCGGUUUUUACGACGCUGCCGUCACAGCCCUCUGGUGGACCAUAGGCUGUACAAAAGGGGGCUGAAUGUUUUUGGAGCACAAAUGUGUGUGUUAAAUUGCAGGCCCCAUGCUCUGGGGUGUCAUUCUUAUUGGGCCUUUCUGUCUUUUUUGUUUUGCAAUCCAAAUGAGAUAUCUGGAAAAAGGCAAGAGCUCCCAUUUCCUAAAUUUCACACAAGCCAAUUCAGCUCUCAGAGCAACAGAGUGAAAGAAUUGAAAAAGGCCAAGGAACUUGAAGAUACACAGCAGCAUCCCGUAGCAAUGUGACAUUGCUUUUCAGACUGUUUUCAUUUUCUGUUUUUAGCAGAGACAUGCAACAACAACAAAAAAACCCACUGCAGUUCUGGGAAUCUCAGCUGCAGGAUUUUAACAGUAAUGUUUUGGUCAUUGCAUUUGCACUUUCAUGGACAACUUUUAAUUUGUUCAGCAAGACAUCUUGGAACUUAAUCUUCUGUUGGAUCAAGGGAAAAAAGACACCAGGAGGAAUUUGUGAGUUGCUUCAUUCUCUCCAAAAGAAGCGAUUAAUUAUCCUUUUCAUAUAGGGCUGCAUUAAAACGUGUGGAACUGUACAAAUAUUAUACCAAAAAUAUUGUUAAGAAAAGGUGGGAAUGCACAAGCAACACAAGAAUGCUAUUCCUGCACCUGUCAAUCAUCUCCAAGAAACUGAAGCUUCAAGAGUCAGUGGAGGGGCUUAGAUCAGUAAAUCUUUAUUGGGCACAUGCAUUCUCACUUCCUUUGCACUUCUGUCCUCUCUUUUUAUUUGAAUCUCUCUACAGCACACUUAAUGCAACUUUUUAAAUCUGCAGGUUUUUAAUACAUCCCCUGGAAAUUUACAGAGUGGGUUGGCAUAUGAGGCAAACGGGUAAUGCAUGGGAAAUAAAGAGAGCAGCUUGAGCAAGUUUUUAAAAGUUCCUUUUUUGGUAUUUUUUCUAGAACCUGCAAGUAUUUCAAUUGUCAUGUACUUAUUCUCAUAUUCAGCACUUUAUUUUCUGGCCUUACUUUUAUUUACUUAAAACAGUUUGUAAUGUAUGUAGUGCUCUUUUUUUUUUAAACAGUAAUUUGUUGUUCUGAGCAGUCACAUACAUAUGUUGCCUGGACAUUUAUACCACCUAAAGAGCAGAGUGGUGCUCCAUCCUGGCCAGUAAAUUUCUUAUUUUGGCUAUUUCAUCAAAAUCUGGGCAGUUUCUGUAUAUAUAGAAGGUAGAAAUGGAAAAUGAGAAAUAAUAUUUGAAAGGGAAUAUAUUGAUUAAUUACUAAAUAUUUUAUUCACAAAGGGUCAAUAACUUGGCAAGAUAAAAUUAUUAUUUGUAUAGUUUUGUCUGAGCGAAAAGAGUGUGGAUGUAUUGUUUGUACAUAUUGUAUAUAUUAAAACAGAGAUGUGCAUGAAUUCAAGAAAAAAGAAAUGAAAAAAGCAAAGCAUUAGUGGCUAUGGUCUGUAAAAUGAAACAAAAACUUUAUUUCACUAUAAGAAACUUUAUUUUAAAUGUUCAUUAGAAGAACAUUUUGCUAAAGCAUGACUAAACUGCAAAAAAAAAUAAAAAGAGCUACUGUAUUUAGACUUAGGAAAAAAGGCAGAGUAACUUUACUAAAAAAGGAUAUGUUUACAUUUGAUUUUGGCUACCAGGACUUUUAUUUUAUUUUAUUUUAAUUUAAUUUUUUGCCAAUGGUGCCAAGUAAUGUGAAUGCUAAUAUUGCUUAAGAAAAUUAAGUUACUUUUGCAAAGCAGAUAAUCAUAAGAAUACAAAAACGUAUCUAGCUUAACACCAUACACUCACUCCAAUAAAGAACACUUAGAAUGAACAUAAACUGAAAAAAGAAAUAGUAUGAAAGUAGAAAAUAUGUUUCACAUUUUCAUAUCUCCUGCUGGAAGUCAGAAAAUGUAAUAAAAAUGCACAAAAAUUUAAAAAAAAUAAAAAGUAAAACUUAAAAGAUGCAAACUGGUCUUGUAGGGGUGUCAUGGUAUAUUGCUAUUUCCACAUAGUGAGGAGCCAAAGAAAUCAAAUACUUUUAAAAUUGAAAUACUUAUUAAAAAUUGUCAUGAAGUUUAGACAAUAGGGCCUGAUCUUAAUUACACUAGUAUAUAUCAGGAGUAAAUCUCCUGAAGUCAAUGCAGUUACUCUGGAUUUACACAAGUGUAGCUGAAAUCAGAAAUUGCUUCUGUGACUUUAUGUUGCUAGUACCAGUUUAAAAUUUCCAAAUAGUUGGUGUAAAUUUUACAUGGUUAGUUUUGGAAUAGUUGCUCUACUUGAUCCUGGCCACCAACUAAAAUGUUUCAACUCCAGGCUUUUUGUGAAGCCUAAAAAUAUUCACAAAUGAGAAGCUUUUAAACUGGUGUCUUUAAAAGAAGGGUAAACGCAAAGAUUGUGGCAAAAAACUGGGGUCAGUGCUCUUGGUGCCUUUUCUAUAAUUGUAGCUGGUUUUUAAUUACUUCCUUUCACUGCCAGCAUUGAAUUACAAUAUAUGCGCUAUAUAGCUCUUUACCAGAACUCUGUACAUUUGUGAACUGCUGCUUUAUGACCUGAUUCAAUUAAAAAAAAAAUUGUCUGGCUCCCACACUGUGGCAGCCUCAUAAUUUCCGUAUAUUUUAUUGAAAUGGAACCUUACACAUUAACUAUUCCACACACAAAUAAUGGGAACGGAAUUUGAAAAUAAACUUCUUUGGAAUGAACUGGAAUGCUCUGUAUUAAUACUGGAAAUACUCUGACAUUUUGAAAUAUAAAUGUUUGUCCCAUUGACUGGCAUUAUGACAAAUAUAAUUGGUCUUUUCCUAACAAGAGUAAUGACCUCAGUGAAAACAUUUUAACCCCUUAUAUUUGUACUUAAAUUUUCAGUAUAAUACAGAGCUAUUUCAAGUUACCCUUCCAGAUCCAUGGGCCUGGUGGUGUAUCUACUGAUAAAGACCCUGAUACAGCAAAAUAUUUACACACAUUCUUAAUGUUAGCCAUAUGAGUAGUUCCAUUAACUUAAUGGGACUACUCACAUGCUUAAAGUUAAGUAUAUCCGUGAGUACUUUGCUGAACAGGGUUGUAACCUUUCAGUGAAUGUGACCACUAAAAAUGCUCUCCCAUUGAAAAAGCUUUUUUGCUUACCUGUUUCUUGACUGUGGAACUUAUUUCUGAUAGAAGAUACGUAAGUGCAGCUUUCUUGGAUAAUCGGGAUUCCCAAGUGCCAGGAGCAGGACCUUCUUCUGCCUCCUGAAUAUGGAAUUGCUCCUUUGUGUAACACAUUUGACCUAAGUAAUACUGUGUGAAAGAAAUAAAGAAUAUAACAUGAACUCCCUAUAUGGUUGCACGCUUACAGCAGUUCCACACAGUAGUUGGUGCCCAACAGGGGGUCCCCAAGACUUGCAUGUAAAACUAGUAUAGAUGUCUCUUUUUUGUAAGUUUUAUUUUUGUAACUGUGCAUGUAAAGCAUCACUGAAUCAAUGGAUCUGUUGAAGAACUCAGCUGCUGGAACCAUGCAAAAUGUUUUGAAUUGCCCUUAAAAUAUGGAAAAUGUUUUCUGAAUGCUUUAUAUUCUUUCUGCUGUAAAUUAAAAACAAAAAAUUUCCCCA